AUGGGGAAGAACAAUGUGCGCCUUCAGAUGAAACUAGUUCAUAGUAACUUUGCUUCAUUUUUACUUAUCUUGCUUCGGUGGAUUGAUCUUUCUUGCUCAUGUUUCGUUCUUCGCUACUUAAACCUCUUCCAUGUUCUUGUCUACAAGGUUUAUUCUGAUGGACAACCUAAGCUUACCACACAGGGAAGGAAAGCAACCAUCAGUGAGUUCUAUGGUGUGAUAUUACCAUCACUUCAGCUAUUACACAGCAACUUAGACGAGUUGGAAACUGGAUACAUCGGGUUUGAUCUUAAAAGACUCAGCAAGAAGAUAACCAAAGAGGCUCGCAGUAGUAGUAGACAUAGUGUGGACAGUUUCAAUUUGGAUAGUUUGUUUACCUAG